AUGACUACCUUUCACUUCAAUGGUCAACAUCUAGAUAAUGACCUAGUGACAUCAAUAUCUUCCCUUCUCGACGCUUUUAACAUCCCGAAUCUGCUUUGGGGCAACUAUCUGUUAACCGUCUACGGAGUCCCGACGGUUGUUGAUGGCGUGUCCUUUGUCGUACCCGAUGCACUUAGCGAAAUCUCCUUCUCUACCAUCGCUGAGGCUGGCUUUCAUCUCUGUUCGCGACAGCUAGACUGCCCACAUUCAAAUUCAAAUCAAUGCCAGCCACCGUAUAAGCACCUGCAUAUCGAUGAUGAGCUUGCGAUACUGUUGUACAAAAAAUCUGAUGUGCUUUGGGAAUUUCCAGAGUUUGAGGCUGCUUUCCACGACACCAGUGCGGACAUUAUGUUCGCGUCUGACGCGAGGCUUCCUCCAGCUACUUUAGGUCGCGGUCGAGGGCGCUUUCCACACCUAAGUUCCGUCCGAAUCCCUAGCCCCUCGAGAUACUGUGAGGCUCUUAUACUCUUGCUUUGUCGAGAUUACGGAACUACCCGCGAGACUUACUGGUUGGCAAUUUUGACGUAUAUGCUAGAGUUCGUUGAUGGAACGGACAUUCUUAAUGAAGGAGGUCUGACAGAGGGGCAUAAACAGUUUUAUCAUGCCCUAAAACUGGGCGAUCCAACUAUGUAUCCAAUAUUGAAGGACCUCCACCGUGACUUUCUAAAGCGGCGGCUCCCGCAAGUCAAGCAAAAUUGA